AUGGACAGUAUCCCUUCUCUCCUACUCAGAGCUCAAGCCUCUGCCACAGAGAAGAUGAGCUCAUGUUUCAGUGUCAAGAACUCAGGCAAACUGUCCUCCUGCCCUGCAGGGUCAGUUGUCACUGGCUGUGCUUGUGGCUAUACCUGUGGUUCCUGGGACAUCUGGGGGAAAACCACGUGUCACGGCCAGUGCAGCCCAGUAGACUGGACCACUGCCUGCUGCUGCCAUCUGACCUGAGAGGGAGGAGAAUGAAAACCUCAUUGUUUUGACGGUAAUGAAACCAUGAUCCCAAAUAGGACAUCUGGGACACCCUAUGAUGGACCCUCCAACCCCUAGUUCCCUCAUUAUUUAAUAAAAGGAAAAUGACCAAAUACUUUCCUUGGAUUGGAGGUACAAAGAGAUGAAAUAACAAAUAUGUUUUUAUGAAACCCAAUGACUAGAAUAGUGGCCAGACAGGCUUUCCAGCAAGUAGGCAGGCAAGAACAGCUUUGAAAUAAUCAAUUUCUACAUAUACACAAUGGAAUAUUACCAAGCAGUAAAAAAAAAAAA